CCUAAUAAUUGCCAGCGCGACGUGCACGCCAGCGCGCAGCAAAUCACAACUCCUCCUAAAGCUUCAUUUAUUCCCUCGUCGAAAGAUCACGCCGCCUGUGGCACCGCCGAUCGCGCCCUCGGGCUAAAAGCGACAGCGACUUCCUUGGUGGGGAUUUCCUAAAUUGCAGGCGGAAGCGGCAAAAGGUGUCUCAAGCGCAGCGCGCGGGAAGCCUAGCUUGGCGGCGGCAACAAAGGCCAUCAGCGAUGCCCAUUUCAUUGGCGCGGAUGCGCCAACCCGUAGUCGACCCAGUUUCGGUUCCGGUCGCUGCGUGCCGCCGCCGCCGGCGAAAGCGCCGCCGGCGACUCGCACCACACACAUAUUCGCCCGCCCGCCGAAAGCUCCUCGCGCCGACACCGCAUGCUUCACCCGAAACCCCCGCAGGUGGUAGAAUUUGGGAUUUAGGACCCUACAAGAGACUACACGGAAGAAGAAGGGCAGAUCAACCAUGGGUCUCGCCUUCUCCCGCAUCUGGGAGCGCAUGUUCGGCAAGAAGGAGAUGCGCAUACUUAUGGUCGGAUUGGAUGCUGCAGGUAAAACGACCAUCCUCUACAAGCUCAAGUUAGGCGAGGUCGUGACGACGAUCCCCACGAUCGGCUUCAACGUCGAGACGGUCGAGUACAAGAACAUCUCAUUCACGGUGUGGGACGUCGGAGGUCAGGACAAGAUCCGCCCGCUCUGGCGCCACUACUACCAGAACACGCAGGGCCUCAUCUUCGUCGUCGACUCGAACGACCGGGACCGCGUGGACAACGCGCGCGACGAGCUGCACCGCAUGCUCAACGAGGACGAGCUGCGGGAGUCCAUCUUAUUAGUGUUCGCGAACAAGCAGGACCUGCCGAACGCGAUGAGCGCCGCCGAGAUGACGGACAAGCUGGGCCUGAACGGCCUGCGCCACCGCCAGUGGUACAUCCAGGCGUGCUGCGCGACGACGGGCGACGGCCUCUACGAGGGCCUCGACUGGCUGUCGGCCACGCUCACGAAGCGCAAGGGCUAGACGGAGAUUGUGCUGUGGUCGUCCGUACCCCUUCCCCUUCCCCUCUCCCCCUUAAAUUCACAUAUAUAGAA